CUCAUCUUGUCAUGAUAAAAAAACAUCAUCAUCGCUCGACUCGGCGUUCGUUCUUUCACCCACACACACCACUACGCUUGUUGUGAUAUUUAUAAUUGAUAGAAGGGACCAGGGAGAUGGAUAAGUCCGACCUCCUCGCCUAUGCUAAAGAAUAUGCCACGACUCGGGAUCUCUACGAGCUCUUGGGUGUCACCUCCGACACCCCGAAAGAGGACAUACACCGCGCCUGGCGAAAGCGCAGUAUAAAGUACCAUCCAGACAAGGCGGGCGCGCAAUUCGACGCGGCUAAAUGGGAGUUGUUCGAACGAGCUCGAGAUGUACUGUCCGAUGUGGCCGCCCGAGAAGCCUACGAUGGAGCGAGAUCGGCCGCCCUUCUGCGUGAGGAGCAGCGCCGUGCCAUGGACGCUAAGCGGCGAGCGAUGGUAGAGGACCUCGAGGCGCGGGAGCGAGGGGCAGUCAAGCGCCCGCGAGGCGAUCGUGAGGGCCCCACUAUGAGCGAUACUGAGAGGAACCAGCUAGCGGAGGCCGGGAGGCGCCGUGUUCAAGAGAGGCAGAGACUGAUGAGAGAAGCCGAGGCGAGGGAGAGUCAGCGAGAACGGGAAAGAGAAGAGGAGCUAGCAAAGACGAACGCAAAACAGCAGACAGAGCCACUGCAUCCGGUCAGACGGCCCGAGGCGGGAGAGCAGGAAAGGAAUCGACGCAAAACGCCUGACGAUAUACCAGAUUCUGAGAGAAACGUCGAUCCUGAAUCUAUGCCGAAAGAUGACGGUUACGACGGCCAGAUCGCAGACCUUGAAAGACGGCUACAAGAGGCGCGACGACGAAAAGAGGCGAGGAAAGAAAAGAAGGCGGCGGCAAAGGGCAGUGGUGGUAGCGGCGGUGGUAGCAAGUCCGAGACUCAUCAGGCUACUUCAACCCCCCUGACUCCUAACAUCCCCGAGAGGCCAAAGGCUGACAAGAAGAAGGGAUCGCCACCGUCGCUGGCGAAGUCUGCCUCGGUCCCCGCUACUGCUACGUCCGCCCAUACGUCCGCAUCCACCCCCAUGGCAGGAAGUAGGCCCCGAGUCAAGGGAGACUUCUCAUCGACGAUGGCCAGACUGCGCGCCGCGCAGGCCGACAAGGAGGCCCUAAAGAAGGCCGAAGUCGAAGAGGCAGCGACUCCGAUGGCCAAUUCUGAUGCUAUCGCCGCCUCUACUAGUAGCUGAGAGAGCAAAGUGCUGCUGCCUCUAGCAUAUUGGAAUGUCUGUUCUUGCAUACUAGAUUAUGAUACCCCUGAGAUUACGGUAGAAGUGUACAGUAGUUAUCAAAGGCUGUAGAAUAGAAGUCAACUGCCGAAUCAC